AUGUCGUGGAUAAAGGAGCGCACAUUGAAUUGGCUUCAAUUUCUGGCCCUGAAGAUCCUGAGGACAGGUCAUGUGCCCAGGCAUGUAGCGUUCAUAAUGGACGGCAACAGGCGUUACGCGAACAAGAAACACGUGGCUAAAGUGGAGGGACACACGAAAGGGUUCGACAAAUUAGCGGAGACGCUGAAUUGGUGCAUGGAUCUCGGUGUCACUGAAGUGACCGUGUAUGCUUUCAGCAUUGAAAAUUUCAAACGUAGCCAAGAAGAAGUUGACGCACUCAUGCAGCUUGCUAAGCAGAAGUUUAAACGCCUCUUGGAGGAGAAAGUUAAGCUGAUGGAGCAUGGAGUGUGUAUCCGUGUGAUUGGCAAUAUGUCGUUGAUUCCGGAAGAUAUGCGCAAAUUGAUCGCUGAAGCUAUGACCAUCACUAAGAACAACAAUAAAGCAUUUCUGAACGUUGCAUUUGCUUAUACAUCAAGGGAUGAAAUCACUUAUGCAAUUAAGGAUAUAACCAAAGGUGUGAAGUGUAAUGAAAUUUUACCAGAGGACAUCAAUGAGAACCUGAUUUCCGAGUGUUUAUACACUUACAAUUCCUUGAAUCCGGAUUUAUUGAUCCGUACUUCGGGUGAAGUCAGGCUCAGCGAUUUCCUCAUGUGGCAAAUCUCCGAUACUUGUGUCUACUUCACCAAUCUACUGUGGCCUGAGUUCAGCUUAUGGGAUUUUCUCAGUGCAAUUUUCUAUUAUCAGAAGUGUUAUCCUGAUCUACAAAGAGUUGCAAGAAUGCGAAAUUCGAAGCCAGUCGCGCACAAUAAUAGAAUAUCUACGUAUGUUGAGAAGUUGCAUCACGAGCGACAAGUUAUGAUUGAAAAUAUAUGCCUACCAGCAGUUCAAUCAUAAGAAAAAAAACCAAUUAGAGCGCUAUAUAUUCCUAUAAAUACGUCAAAUCAUGGUCAAAUAUGUUUUGAGGAACUGUUAUAUAUGUGCAUAUAUAUAUAUAUUUUUUUUUUUCAAGUUAUCUUGCCAGGAUAAUGUGAUUUACCAAACUAUUAUGCAUUGCGAAAAGUGGUCAACGAUGUAUAUCGACAAUAUAUGUAUAUAUUUAUAUAUUCCUUAAAAAAGUGUAAUCAUGUAAAAACUAGUCAAACGGUUAGAUAAAGUCAAUUGCGAAUUUGAAGUCAAUUGCGAAUAUUUGACAUUUAUAAAAAUGUCUCCUAUUUUAAUAUGUUUAUAGAAUUAGGAGGCUCAGGGAAAUAAUUAUAAAUAAUACUUCCACUUAACAUACAUGUGCGAGAAGUUGUAGAAACAAAAGUACGUGAUAUUUAAAAUGUGAAGGUAAUUAAAUACAAAGACAUUGGACGAAAUCUCCGAGAUUUGGAAAGAUGCCUGAGCUAUGUAACAAUGUAACAAGCAAUGUAACAAUGUAGCAAUGUAACAAUUGCACACACUUUGUUCGAACAAUUCUCUUUCAUAUUUUUGCCGAUAUAACACGAGUAUAAACAUGACAUAAAAUAGACCUACUCUUAUGAAUAAAUGAGACAUUUGAAAGAGAUAAGAUAAACACUAAAUGUUGCUUCUCGGGAAAAAAUUCAGGAGCCUUAUUCUUCAGUAAUAUUAACCGUUACGAUAUACAAUUACAUUUUCUUAUCAGCGAUACCAGGAAGCCUUAAUAUUGUUAUAUAAUGGAAUAUUUUAUUUCUAAUACGUUCUAGGGCCUGAGAGAGGGAGGGCACAAUUGUAGGUAUAGGUGAAAGAUUUGCUUCCAUAAUGUGCUGUAAUAAUAUAUUAUCGCGCGUUUAUAAAUUUAUUCAUUGCUGUAUAUACAUUCCAUAUAUACCAAUUUUCCAAUUAUUCUUCAUGGACACUGAAGAAUUGUUUUCUCCGUACGCAUUAGAAAUUUGAUAAGAUUGCAAAAUAGAUAUGAUAAGAAGAACAUAAUGAUGUAUCAAAUAAAUAAUAAAUGUAACAUUAAAAUAUAUGGAACUAUAUAAAGAUAUAAAUAUAUGUAUAUAAUUCUUUAUAUAUUAUAUUUAUAUAUAUGUAUAUAUAUCUCUCUCUAAGUCCAAGAUAUAAACGUGUAACAACAUGUACAUUAUUUACAACAAAUUGUUUCAUUAGGUAUUAUUGCACGAGACAGACAACAAUGUUUAUGGACAUAUAUUUAACGUUGGUCAUUUUCAAAUUAAGUAUCAAUAUGUACAGUAUCAUUGUAUGUAAUACUUUAAAGCCGAUGGUAGUUCAUCGUCAACACAAAUAAAAUAAUCGUGGAUGGAAUCAAAUUUGUUCCUAGAUAUUACAGGAUAUCCAAUGUUCUGUAUGAUAUCUAGCACAUUAUAUAUUAUUCAAAUUUAUAUUUCGAUCUAUAUAAUUAUCUUAUUUAUAAUUUAUUUA